GUAAAAAAGCAGCAUAGUAUAUAUUGGGACGAACUGAGAGGAUAUCCUUCCAAAAACGAUAAAAAAGAUGCAAAAGUAAAAGAGCUCCCCACUCUGGAUGAAGUUCUUACAAAAUUAGGUGAUUUAAGAAGUAAAAUUGAAAAACAAUCAUUUUUUGAUCUUUCGAAGGAAGUUGAUUAUAUACAUAGCCUUCAAGACAGUAUUUUUUUUAUUGAAAAGGAUUAUAUUCAAGCUGCUAAGGAUGCUUUCAAAAAAAAUAAUAUAUCAGAUUCAAAAAUAAUUUACAAAAUAUUUAAAAUAUUUUCUCAAGGCCAUUUUAAUAAACAUGAAUUGUUAGCCAAUUAUUACUUAAGUUUAUACUAUAAAAAAGGGUUUGGAUAUGAUAAAAAUGAGGAAAAGGCUUUAGAACAUAUAAUUACUGCUGCAAAGCGUGGCAACCAUGGCGCUAAAAAAGUACUGAAAAAAAGGAAUAUAAAAUGGGAUUAG